AUGUCUCGCGGUGGCACCACUCUCUACGUGACCGGCUUUAGCCACGGCACCCGCGCUCGCGACCUCGCCUACGAGUUCGAACGCUAUGGUCGCCUUGUGCGUUGCGACAUUCCAGCUCCUAGGUCGACGUCUAGCCGUCUCUUCGCAUUUGUCGAGUAUGAGGAUCGUCGCGAUGCUGAUGAUGCUUACCACGAGAUGCACAACAAGCGCAUUGGCCGUGACGACAUCCUGAAGAUCGAGUGGGCCCGCACUCCUCCUUCCGCAUCCUGGCGUUUCGAGUCCGGUCGCGACCGGGACCGUCGUGGUGGUGGCCGCUCUCCCCGACGGGGACGUUCGCCCUCCCCUCGUCGCAGCACCCGCGAAUACUCGCCUCGCAAAGACGAGCGACGUGACCGAGACCGCGACUACGACCGAGACAGCCGCCGCGAUCGGGACCGCUCUCGCAGCCCCGACCACCGGGACCGUGAGCGUGAUUCCAAGGAUGAGCGCGAUGACCGUGACCGAAGGGAGAACGGUGUUAACGGCGACGAGCGAAAGCCCCUGGACAGCCCCCCUCCUGCCCAUGACGACCUCGAUGUCGCCGAGUAA